CCUUCGCCCACAGUCAGUCGAUUGGUGGAGCCUGGGGAUCCUAAUGUUUGAGUUGCUGACUGGCGCGUCUCCCUUCACCCUGGAGGGUGAGAAAAACUCCCAGGGGGAGGUGUCCAGGCGGAUCUUACAGGCUGAUCCCCCGAUCCCCUCGGAGAUCAGUCCUGCUGGUCGGGAUCUCAUUCAGAAACUCCUCGUCAAAGACCCGAAGAAGAGGCUGGGUUCGGGAGCCAAGGGCGUGUCCGAAAUUAAACGUCACCCCUUCUUCCGGGGAAUCAACUGGGAGGAUCUGGUGGCCAAGCGGAUCCCAGCGCCCUUCAAGCCAGUGAUCCGCAGCGAGAUGGACGUCGGGAAUUUUGCGGAGGAGUUCACUGAGAUGGAUCCCACCUACUCCCCAGCCAGCCUCCCCCACAGCGGGGACAGGGUCUUCAAGGGCUACUCCUUUAUCGCUCCAUCUGUGCUGUUUGCGCACAACGCCGUGACCUCUGGGGACCUGGACCUUGAGCUGAGUGAGGUGGGAGGCUGCCCAGACAGCAUGGCAGUCGCUCGGAGUGCCAUGAUGAAGGACUCAGCAUUCUUCCAGCAUUAUGAGCUGGAGAUGAAGGAGCCUCCUCUGGGAACGGGCAGCUUCUCCAUCUGCAGGAAAUGCCACAACAAACUCAACGGCCAGGAAUACGCAGUGAAAAUCCUGAGCAACAGGAUGGAGAGUCACAUCCAGCGGGAAGUGGGAGCUCUAAGGCUGUGCGAGGGUCACCCGAACAUUGUCAAACUUCACGAGGUCUUCCAAGACCAGGUGAGUGGGUGUGAGGGGCAAGCCCCCUCCCCGAACCCUGCCUCCACCCCUCGCCAUCCCCGUACCCACCUCCCACUCCUCUGCAUCCGCAUUCCCCCAAUUGCUCACACGUGCCGACCCACCAGCUCCCCACUCCCCCACAAACACUGCCAACCACAGCCCACCACACACCCUCAAUACGCUGUGGAAUUGAAGGGCUUCAGAAAGGGAUGUUGCCAGG